UCCGUGGUUGACCUCGGAAGCUCCCGUGUGCACCGUGCUGUGGCAGAUACGAGCCGCGCCGGGCAACGUUGCUCCACGUUUUCUUGGUUUUGGAGAAGCGUCAAUAAGAAUGAAACCUCCCCGGAAGGUGGCUAGGGGCUGGAAGAUUAGGAGGGCGCGGGAAAAAAGCGCUUAGGGAGGAAGGUGCAGGGUUAGCACGUGGUUUCUGCCGGAACCAAUGGGGGGCUGCAGACUCGGUGCCCUGCGCGGGUUCUUCGGCCAACAGAGAUGGCUCAGAGGAGGACUCCGUCCGGGACACCGCGAAUCUGUCCCAGCGCUAGGGUCCAUCUCCAGGACUUCUAGCGACAAGACGGGAAGCUGAGGGCGCUGCGCUCCGCUGGGACCCGAAAGCCCUCAGCCCCGCCCCCUCCGCCUGCGGGAUGCUGCUGAGUCCGGUCACCUCCACCCCAUUCUCCGUCAAGGACAUCCUGCGGCCGCAGCGCGAGCAGGGCGGCCUCCUGGCCUCGCCACGGCGCCGGGCGCAGCGCACCCCUGAAAACUCCCAAGGGCCGCGAACAGAUGCGGAGCCGCGAAAACCGGGGAUUCACAGCGCCGGAGAUAGUGGCGGCAGUGGCGGCGACGCGAGGCCUCCUGGGGCUCCGUGUGAGGCAUCGGUGAAGAUGGACAGAGAACCACUGGGGGAGCCACAGCCUGAUCUGAGUGUGGCCUCGCCCCUCCGCGGUGCGACUACGGUGCCGGUGCCGGAGCGAAGCGGCGGCGGCAGUGGCAGCGGCAGCGGCAGCGGCGGCGACAAUGUGCGCGGUGGCGGCGCCGAGCUGCCCAAGGGGCGGCAGCGGCGGAAGCCCAGGGUGCUCUUUUCGCAAGCCCAGGUGCUGGCCCUAGAGCGGCGCUUCAAGCAGCAGCGGUACCUAUCGGCGCCCGAGCGCGAGCACCUGGCCAGCGCGUUGCAGCUCACGUCCACGCAGGUCAAAAUCUGGUUUCAGAACCGACGCUACAAGUGCAAGAGGCAGCGCCAGGACAAGUCGCUGGAACUGGCCGGCCACCCGCUUGCUCCGCGCCGGGUAGCAGUGCCCGUACUGGUGCGCGACGGCAAGCCUUGCUUGGGUCCCGGUGCGCCUGCCUUCUCCGACCCCUAUGGCGCCGCAGCAGCCCCCUACACCUGCUACGGCGGCUACGCAAGCGCCCCGUACGGCGCGGGCUACAGCGGUUGCUACGGCAGCGCGACCCCAGGUCCCACGCCACUGGCCGGUCCGGGCUUCGGCCCAGGAAGCCGCAGCGUCACUCCGCAGGACCAUCUGCCCGCCACGCUGCAGGGCGUCAGGGCGUGGUGAGGCGCCCACCAGGACGCGGUGCUUCGGUACCCUCCACCUCCGCGCAGGUGACGGACCGCUGCGGAGGAGGAAACUCGAGGCCCAGCGGCGCUCCUCCCCGACCGGAUCUGGGACAGCGAACCUCCCCUGAACCUGAACGGCCGUCCCGCCCAAGGCCCUGGGACUUUCUUCCCCGAGGGACUAACCCCGUCGAAGCAGUACAGGAAAAGAAGAAAACCCAGGGCGGCUGGCAGUGUGCCGGCGGCAGAGGACUUUCCCCCGCAGACCCGAGAUUCCCUUUAUUUUGCGUACCGCAACCCAAGGCACCGGGGAGUGUGUGAUGGGAGGAAGUGGUGCAGAGCGCGCCCAGCCUCCAAUCAAAGGAACAGGUGCGGGGAAGAGGGAGAGGGGUGCGGGAACCGGGAGGUGGAGGACCCCUGAGGGACCCCUGCUGCGAACCAUGCCCUCCUGCAGGGUUUAAAUGCUCUCUAAGGGCUGUGUCCCUGAGGACCCUAAUAAUGCAGCAAAGAGCGCUCUUUUCUGGCCACUGCUUUCCUGGCAGAGUACCCACAUUCCGGUUGUCCUCUGUCACUGCAUUUUGUAUACAGCACAGCUCCUCCUAACUACCUCCUGCACUACAUAUCCGUGUGUGCUUGGCGUCUGUGUCAGCAUACACUACGUGUCAGCGCAGGCCAUUAGGAUCUGCUCUCUACAGAGCCUUAAACCUCGAAUUAAAAUAAAAAACGAAGCCCAGGCGUUCUAGGGGAACGAAGCUGGCUCAGCCCUGCAGGCGGGCAACCUGAGCGCCUGUUUCACACUCCUCACUUCCUCUUUACAGGUGUUCUUUCAGAAUAGAAUCAGUCUCUGAAAGGAGACUGGGAAAGGAGCCCCUCGUGGCCCUACGUCCUAACCAGAUGGGUAGAAAGCCUGAACUUUAGGGUUCCUACAGUGAUGACAUUUUGACAACCUCAUGACAAUGUGUCUGAGGUCACACUAUCUGAAAAGCGGGAACAAAUUCAUUGUAGUAAUGGAAAGACGGGAUCACAGAGGAAGUUUGGCGCUGGUACAUGUUUAGUUGAAUAUCUGGUUCUAAUCCCCCAGCCUCCCGUCUUGGAUCACAUUUUUAAACAAUAAAAUCUCUGGUUCUUCAUG